UGGUUGCCGCACGUUCACACUCAUAUCUAAGCGCGAGACGAAAAAGCAGACGCUACAGAAAUUCCGGCAAAAACAAAUUGGAAUCGCACACGAAUUAGCUAAGCUACACCAAUCCAAGAUGGGCAAGGAAAAGGCUGCCAAGUCGUACAGCAUUGGCGACCUGGUGUUCGCCAUGAAGGGCUACCCGCCGUGGCCGGCCAAGAUCACCAAGAGCAACAACAACAAGAAGUACAAUGUUUACUUCUACGACGGGGAGACAGCCAACAUCAAGUUGGAGGACCUGUUCCCCUAUGCGGACAACAAGGAGCGGUUUGCCACCGAGAAGAUCAUGAAGAGGGCCAAGUUCAUCGAGGCCAUCGAGCAUGAGAGCGCUCUGCGCGGCGAGGACUCGGCGCCCAUCGAUUUGCCCGGCACUGAGGAGUCAGUUGCUCCUCCCGCCGAUGCAACCUCCGAUGCUGCUGCUGCUGCACCGAACCGGCCAAGAAGGAGGACCCAAGGAGGCAGGGGAACAGCUGCUGCAACUGCUCCACCGGCGGCGGUGGUGGAGAAGCCCAAAAGUGCCAGCCGGAAGACCAAGGCACCACCACGCCAUGUGGACGGCGACAGCGAGGGGGCGGCCAAGCCACCUCCUCCUCCGCCAGAGGCAGCUCCUCCGCCAGCCAAGCGGCGCGUGCCCACCGAGGGUCUGGGCUCCGGCGCAGCGAAUCCCGCUCCUGCGGCCCCGGCCACCACGUCCGGCAAGAAAUCCGUUAAGAAAUCCAAGCCCACGGCUGCAGUAACUCUCCAGAAACGGGCAAGGCCAAUCAAUAACAUCCGGAACGAGAUGCUUAGUUAUAUGCCCACGGCCAAGUGUUUGGGCAUUGACAUGAACUACAACAAGCCGGACAUUUUUGAGAGCGCCGCCGCCGAGGAGGCUUGGCUGGAGAAGUCCCGCAAGGAGGCCAUGGAGCUCAAGCUGAAGCUGGAAAGCGGUCAACUCGAGCCGGAGACCAUGCCGGAGAGGAUAGUGGUGGAGCCAACUCGCAGCGAGAUACCCAAGCAGGAGGCCUUGCGGUUCAUCGAGGAGCUAAUUGAGCACGAGGAUGCUCUGUUUAUGGAGCGCGAUUUCAUCCAACUUUCCCAGCAGCUGCGAGAGUGCCUGGGAUUGCGGCGAGCCAAUGUGGGCAAGUGCCUGGAGAUUCUCGACCAGUUUAAGGAGGUGGAGCUCACCAAGCUGAUGCUGCUGCGCAAUCCGGAGUGCGUGGACAUAAUGCGGCGAUUGCGACGCUAUGUGGGAAACCUAGAGCUCUAAAUGGACCACUCCGACGAGGUGGAGUUCAAGGAGAAGGCGCAUAUUCGCAAGGUGUCCACCGGUAUAUACGAUGGCUUCAAGAGUCUUUUUAAUCCGGAGCCCGAGAGCGAGGAUAACUUUUGGAUCGAUUUCUGCGAGAAGGUUAAGAUCUACAAGACCUACACGAAAAAUAUGAACGAAAACCUUCGCGUAGGAAUGAACGAGCGCAGCUACAACAAUCUGGUUGUGGCCAAGGAGGGCUCCGCCUCCGGCGAAGCCGUUCCGCAGUAGAAGAUGAGUGUUUAAGGGCCAGCUCUGCUAGUCCAUCUGUACGAUAAGUUACUACUAAGCGUUAAAAACCGAGCAAAUUGAAGACCUUGCUCUGGAAGACGAAGUUUCGAUAAGCCGAGUGUGCUAUUGCUUAAUUUCUAGGAUUAAAAUUCAUUUAAUUUCCUUUAAUGAAACCGAACCCUUCAUCUGUUUGCCUACUAGGCGCAUAUCCGUGCAUUGCUCGAGAUGGGAUUUCUCCUGCCGCACCCGCUUAAUAUACCACCAGACUUAAAGCUUUUUAGCUUCGGAUCCCCAAAUAUUUACUAAGUGUGUAGAUGAUUUUGAUUGAUAAUGAAUUAAAUAUAGAUGGUACAUACUCUCA